AUGGCCGCCAACGCCAACUGCAUGUCCACGAACCGACAUGCUGAUGACCAGCCUUCGCUACCACCAGCGAUCUCGCUAGCAUCCUCCACACACCACCCUAACCGCGGACUCAGCUCCGAGGAGGAGAACCUCGCCUUCUCUCUGAUGAUGCUGGCUAGUGGCAUCCGUGACGAGCAUCCUGCAUCCCUCGACCAUGUUACAACGCCGUCAUCGCCUCUGCCACCACACGUGACAGAUGUUCCAGCGGGUGUAUCCCAGGGUGCACCGGCGACCGAGGCGACCAGCCAAACACCCGCUUCGGUGGUUGUGGUCGCUUCAAGGCAAGUUCCCACACAAGUGCCUUCACCGUCAUCGGCAGUCGCUGUCAGGCCAAAUAUGGUGCUGGAGCAGGUGGUUCCACCGAGCCAAGCGACAGGCCUGGUGACCGUGACUCAACCAGCCCCUGGUCUGGCAUUGGCAUCAACCCAAGUGCAUCCGAUUGUCGCGACGGGCAAAGCACCAUUCAGCAAGCCCAACAAAGUAUCCACACGGCCGAUCAAGACCGUGGCCACGAUGGCGGAGAAUCAGACACCACAACAGGAGAGCCAACAGCUGUUGCACGAGUGCCCGUUGUGUCUCAAGAGGUUCAAGAAGUCUCGGGGCCUUAAUGUGCACAUGAAAACCCAUCCAGAUGGGAGGAUGCACCCGUGUGUGUGGUGCACGAGCACUUUCCCAACCUCCUCCGCGCUUCGCUCACACGUCAGGCGCAGCAAUACCUGCGGUGGAAACAAGCCGAGAAGGCUUGCACCCAUAGCCGCGGCGGCGAUCGCAUGGCACACCAUCGACCUGAACAUGCCGGAGAUUUGA